AUGAGGGAGGAAAUGUUACAGAGGCCGGUAAUUCUACGUGUACAACAGUGCACUUUAUCAUCUGAUUAAUGUUGGACCCAACGCUUAUACUGUUGAAGAAAUAUCUAAACGUAGGCCUCCACUAUGGCGGGUGCUCGGGUGAAAGCAAAUCCCGACUACUCCCAAGAUGGUAAUAAGCAUGGAAGAAGAUAUUCCUCCAUGGACAAAACACGAAAUGACGAUAUCCACAUUCACGCAAAUUUCCGAUUUUUUGAAGCUGAUAAUGAGGAUAGUGGCGGCAAAUUUCUGGAAUGGCUGCGACCCUGCAGGAAUGCCAAACGGCAGAAAUAUUACGCCGAGGGUUUUCUCCUGAAAAGUCUAGAACGAGAUCGUAUGUAUGAAGAAGAAGAAACUAUUGCCAGAGAAGGCACGACAAUACUGCCGAAACGGCCAACAAGUGACAACACAAUUUAUUACCUAAUGGCAUUCAAGACGGACGGGAACGCUGAGAGUUUGGCGAUGUCAUGGCGAACGUGGACAGGGGCGGAUUUCGUCCUCUGGAAAUGUCCAGAAGAACUCUGCCUUCAGCGUGUUUCAUUUUACAAACACUUAGCGCCUAACACUGAUGACGUCAUGUUUAUUCUGCUAAGUGAGUGCUCGGAUGGAUUAACCAAUCAGCAAGCAGCUCUGCACUUCCUGGGACGUCUUCGCGACAGACGUUGCGGUCACGUGGGCGUAUAUAAACUCGACCAACAGUAUUAGAACGUUAAACAGUUGUGGAUCUUCUUUAAGCAUUUCUGACAUUUUACAUGUACGGUCCAUUCACCGUGUUCCACGCUUGUUGAUAUAUGCUCUGCUUGAGCUAAAAACUCAUCCAAAAAUAGACAGCAGGUUCACUGGAACAAAUGUAUGGCUGAAUAA